GAAAGAGAAAGAGAGAGCACAGCAAAACAUUUAAAAGAUCAUGGACAUUACAAGGCUUUGUACAGAAAUGGCAACAAUUACAGGAAAUCUGAGGAUUGUGCUGCUGGGUAAAACUGGAUCUGGAAAGAGUGCAACAGGAAACACCAUCCUUGGCAGAGAUGCAUUUGAAGAGGACAUUAGUCCAGAAUCAGUAACUCAAGACUGUGAGAAACAAUUGACAAAAAAAGGUUCAAGGACCGUCUACAUAAUUGACACUCCAGGACUGUUUGACACAUUAAUGGGUGAAAAGACGGUAAAGAAAUCUAAUUCACCAAUGACUGAAAAAGUACUGAAGGCUAAAAUAGAGAAGUGUCUGGAGAUGUCAGCUCCCGGUCCUCACGUGUUCCUGCUGGUGAUGAGACUGGAUGUGAGAUUCACAGAAGAGGAGAAGAACACAGUGAAAUGGGUUCAGGAGAACUUCGGAGAAGAUGCUUCACGUCACCUCUUCAUUCUGUUCACUCAUCAAGAUCAUCUGAAGACUAAAUCACUGAAGGCUCAUAUAGAAGAGAAUGAAGAUCUACGACAGUUUAUUAUCAGCUGUGCUGGCAAAUAUCACUCAUUCAACAAUGAAGACAGAACGAAUCAAGUUCAGGUCACAGAGCUGCUGGAGAAAAUAGAUAAAAUGGUGGAGAGAAAUGAAGGAAAGUACUAUAUUAAAGCAAUGUAUAAACAAGCACAGAGAAAUAUUAUCUGUGUAAAACUAAUCAAUGUCUUAUACAGAUAUGCUGGAAUAAUAUUAGCAUUAUUAUUAUUAGCAGUAGCUCUAUGGGUCAUGCUAUAAGAAGUUAAAUGAAAUACCAACAUAUGUUUAAGAUGUUGAAGGCCAUUAGAAGUGUAUCCUUUUUGGAAAUGU